AUGGCGACGCGGCCGCUGCCGUCGCCUCCGCCGCCGCUCGCGUGGCGCUCCCGCGUCACCGACUCGCCCGUCGCGUCGACGAGCGGCGCGCGAUGCGUCCCCGGCCGGCGACGACCCGUCCCGGCCACCACGGAAGCCUUCCACUUCCGCGACACCGCCGCGAACGAAUCUCGCGGAUCUUCGUCGGCCAGCCGCGCGGCGGUGAUGACCGACACCUCGCGCGGGUCGGGCGCGUCCGCUUCGCUCCGGGGCUUGGCCUUCACGAGCAAGCCCGAGAACAUCGACCCGGCGCGCGCCGCCGCGCUGCUCGGCCGCGCCGGUGACGACAGGCUGGCGCGCAAGCUGGCGCGGAUGCUCGCCGCGAAGGAAGCGUGCGUGAUAGGCGCCUUCGCCAGGGUCGACGCCGACGAAACGAAACGGCCGGGGGGGCGUGACAACGGCACGAGCGACGGAGGUUUGGCGGGGAUAUGGGCCAUGGGCUUCGACAUGCUCGCCGGGGAGGGCAACGUCGAGGGGAAAACCCUCGUGGGGUUCGCGCACGCGGCGACGGACGGAGCCAUGGUCGCCACGGUGGACAUCGUCGUGGUGCAUCCGAGUCACCGCGCGAAGGGCCUGGGACGCAAACUCGUGAAGCGCCUCGCGGAUGAGCUCAGGUACAGGGAGAUCUUCGACAUCGGCGUGAGGGCACCGACGGACCUCGCCGGGUUCUUCGCGGCGUGCAACUUUGGCCCGGACGCCGAGGGAGCCGUGCUCAUGUCCCUGCCCCUCGAAGCGAUCGGCGGCGGCGAGCGCGAAGUAUCGUCGUCGUCCUCGGAGGAGGCUUGGGUCGGGGCCGAGACGUGCCUGAGGACGCUGGGCGAGGGCAUCGAUCCGGGACGGACGCUCAAGGACAACGGGGAGGGUCUCAGGGCGAUGCUGCUGGGUGAGAUUGAUAAGAUGGAGAGGGAGAGGGCGAACCGCGCGAGGUUCCCGCUGUGA